AUGAAUCCCAUACUUUUUCUUUUUUUAUCUCUGCUUAUUUCUGCAGGGACUACCAAAAAGCUAAGUUCAUCUUCUAAAGGUAUGAUCUCAUCAAACCCUCUGUAUGACUACCAUAACUUACCCAUCAAUGACUUGGAGGAGGAGGAGGAUGAGGAAGAUGAUAAUGAUGGUAAUAACUACAUCAUACAAAGUCCUGAGGACCAUGAGACCUUUUUAGAAACAGACAUUUCUACAAAUUCACCUGUGUCCAAAGAUGUGUUAAUGCUGAAGAACAGUAUGCAGAAUUUACGGGAGUACUUGAAAUUGCUCUCCAUCAAAAAAGCUGAAGAGGAACAACUAGAGAGUUCUGAAGAAGAGUCUUCAGAAGAAUCCAAAUUUGGACCCCAUUAUCUCAACAUUAUCACUCAAGGCCCAGUCGAGGAAUCACUUAGUGGAGAUCAAAGAGCAAAACCUGUGAACAUUUACAAGGACCCAAUUUUGAAAGACCUAUCUGCAGAACUGGAUAACCAAACUCCAAAGUUCAAUGAGAUGGAAUAUCACCCAAGAAACAUGUUUUUUAAACCAGUACCAAUGUCGGAUAAGGAUGAUCUUAUUCAAAAGAAAGCAGCAAAUGUAGGAAGAAAAAAAGAUGUAAAGGAAACACUAAUGCUUGCUGUAUCAUCUACAACGCUUAUCAUUUUAAUAAUAUUUAUGAUAUGCUGUGGUAUGACUCUCAACCAGUUCAGCAAACAAAAAAAGGGUUCUAGUAAUGCUUCCAGCACUCAUGCUGAGCAACAGGGACUAGCAUACCUAUCUUAUUUUCAACCUUUGGAAGGAGUAUCUGAUUCUUCUUUUUCUAAAACUGCAGACAGUAGUAUGUGGGAUGAAAAAACACUGUCUGCGAUAAGGAACAAUUCAGAGUCUAGACAUUCAAAAUCAAGAACAUUAUCCAAUAUAAAGUCAGUAGAUGAUGUAUCAUCAAUUUCUGAUGAAUCAACUCGCAGUGCAGCUACUUCAUAUAAAGCCUCAAAAACAGGCGAAAAUGAGCUAUAAACCAAUCAGCUGAGUGGAGGAUUUACAAAACCUUUGAACCCUGAUGCUGUUGGUAUAAAAAAAAACAGCAGCUGCUUUUAUAAAAAUAGCAUGCAUUUGUGAUUCAUUAAAGUUUACAACUUACAUUUCCAUGGAGGAGGCAGAGCUACCUUUAAAUUUUGAUAGAAAAGGGAGAAGGGAAAGGGACUUGAAAUUAAAUCUGGAUCACAAAUGUUCGCACGCACACUAUACUCUUAAGUGCUUCAGAAUCAAGGGUGAAAGGAACGGAACUGGCUUUUAAAUACUGUCAUCUACCCAAUGCUACAUGAAGGCAAAAGGAAGACCUAAGAAGUCUUUCCUAGGAACUCUGUUAUUGCGAUUUACUAUGGUGACCUUGUGAAGUAAAUUCAAGAGGCUAUAUAAGCCAAUACCAGGGGCAUAUCCAGUAUAGGUUGUAAUGAUGUAAUCUCUGAGCAAUA